CAAAACACGAAAUGCAGCUGAACACAAUGCUAUUUCAUCGUAGUUAUUGGGUAUUUACUUAGAACACCUACACAAUAAUUAUAUAGAGUGAAAUCAUAAUAUAAAAGACCAACAACGACUGACAAUAAUCAGUUUACCACCUUUCUGCAAACCACAUCUACACUUAUUUAAACAUUCAUUCAAGUAUCAUUUUAAAGGAAUACAAUGAAAAUAAGUCUAUAUUUGAGUUUACUUGUCUUGGCAAUAGUCAUAAAAAUUGUAACAGCUGAGCUGAAACUACCACCUCAACAAUAUUGUGGUUCUAGAUUGGCAGACAUAAUGCAAGUUGUAUGUAAAAACAAGUAUAAUGGCCCACCAAUUGGACAAAAAAGAAGUAAAAUGGAUUCAGAUGUAUGGGAUUACAAGGACUUAGAAGACUACAACGCUAUUGAYUAUCCAUACCAAUCUAGGCAAGAAGUUAUGUCAUAUAUGCCCACACGUAUACUACGCACUUCUAAACGAACAAUCAUUGAUGAAUGCUGUCGCAGACCUUGCUUAAUAUCUGAGUUAAAAGGUUAUUGUGCUAAUCAAGACUAAUAGAUUUAGUCAUAAGUGUUUUUAGUUGCUGAAUAAAGUUCUAAUUA